AUGGUCAGGACAGCCAAGCCAUACCAGCGCCCCGACAGCUAUCGCAAGGCCAACCCGGACGCGCCUGGUACAUGGAAACAUGACUUACACGAAUCAGUCAAACAAUCACUAGCAUCUCGUAUCUCAUCGUCCUCUUCUUCCACGUCUUCAGCACCAGGCCCGAGGUCCAAAGCAUCUCUGCUCAAUCGCAUAUCAGGCGGUCAAGGCAAAGAAUUGCUACCAACAGCGUCUUCGAAUGUCAGAUUACACGGUUUCGACGGACCACCUCCUGCCAACUUGAACAAUCCGAAUGCUGGUGUGGAGCUGUUGCCCUCAGGAAACGGCAGAAGACCCAAGAACAGUGGGAGGGGUGUGAAUAGUCAGAGUAAAGAUCAGUUGAACGCUGCCUUGGGCCUAGGUGCUCAGAGGGUGAGAGAUGUGAGACCGGUUCGCAGAGAGUUGGUAACAAAGCAACAUCAAGUAUCGAUCAUGGGUGCUGCUAGAGGGACUACAUGGGUUAGAGUGGAGAAUCUAGCAGUAGGGACUACAGUGGAGGAUGUAGAGUCCGCAUUCGCCCCACUAGUCAUCCUCAAUUCCAAAACAACACCUCCAGUCAAUCCAAGCACCGUCACAGUGGAUCUCGAGUUGGAGAACAAGGCUGAUGCUGAAGGAUUGAUCAAGCAGUAUCAUGGUGUGGUGGCAGAUGGGAACACAUUGAGUGUAACGAUCAUCAAUCAAGGUUUAAAGGGUAGAAUAGGAGAUUCGACACCAGUAAUAGAGCAACCCGCUGCUUCGAAAGUGAACAAUGUCGGAAGGGAAUUGUUGGACUCGAACUCGUCCGGCAAACUCUACUCCGAUACAAUCCUCGCCAGUAACCCCUCCUCAUCCAUAAUGACCCUCUCCGACGGAUCGACAUUCACACCUUCCCCCGAAGCAGCGGCCGCAGCUCAACGGUCUGAAGCAUGGCGACAAGGUGGACCUCCCCUAUCCUCGAGGCUUGGCGGACCAAGAAGCAGAGGGAGGGGUCAGAUUGGUGGAGGCAGCUUUCAUGAUAUGUUGGUGGAUUAA